AUGCAGAAUGGCGGGAACACGUGUUACUUCAAUGCAGUGCUGCAGAGUCUCCUUGCACUUGAUAAGCUGCGUGCAAGGAUGUUAGGACCCAAUGCUCUGAAAGGGAACCUUGGUGAGGAACUACAGAAGCUCUUCAUAACGACAACAAAUACCAAUGGCACAAGAGGUGUGCUGAAUCCAGAGAAGCUCUUCUUACAUAUGUGCUUAAUGAAUUCAGAUUUCAGACCUGGCGUGAUGGAAGACAGCAACAACAUGCUUGUUUCCUUGCUAGAUGGUUUGAACAAUGAGGAACCUACAAUAGUUGAGUCACUCUUCCAUUGCCAGGCUGAUAAACAUGUCUCCAGUAAAGAAUGUGAGCACACAUCAGUUACCACUGAGGACCUUAAUCUCAGUUUGGCAAUACCAACAAAGAAGCCUGCAUCAGUCGAUGACUGUUUGGAUUUAUAUGCCGCUGGAGUGAUCGUGGACUGGCACUGCAUGGACUGUUCAGCUGCUUCUGCUGCUAGAAACACCUCUUUGAACCAAGAAGAUACAACAGUCAACAAUGGACAACCUGAACAGCCGGACAACAAAACAUACGGAAAGGAGGAGUGUAGCCAUCUAGCUAACAGUGAUAGACAAGCAAGAGCAACAGAUCAGAACAACGGAAAACUACAGGUGCAUGAUGACUAUGCAAAUCAAAUGGAACAGUGCCAUAAAAACCAGAAAAAAGAAGACAAGAUAUACAGAGAUGCAACAGUGCAGUAUCGCAUUAGCAAGGCUGCACCUUUACUAACCAUUCAACUGAAGAGAUUCGACUAUUCCCACGCAGAUAGGCCAGACAAGUUGGAAGACCGCGUGAGCUUUCAGGAUACGCUUGAUAUAAUAAAGUUCAUGGACCCUAGACAUGUGGAGGAUGACGAGUACAAGUAUCAUCUGGUUGCUGUCAUUGUACACAGUGGACCAAGGUUGUGUGACGGACACUUUUUUGCUUAUGUGAGAGCAAGCGAGAUUGGAUGGCAGCAGCAGGAGAGCCGUGGCACUCCCACGUGGUUUCGUGCAAGUGACGAGAGCAUCACAGAGGUAUUGCUCGAGGAGGUACUGGAGUGUCAGGCCUACAUUCUUUUCUAUGAAAGAGUCGAACAACCAAAGGCCAAUGAAGUUCUAGAAGAGCAUCCGCCAACCGGCCACUGA